AUGCCCCUGGACCUGCGAGGCCUCUCCAAGGACCGCUUCCAGAAAGACCAGCCGGCAGUGAGACGCACACGUCACCUAAUGCGGGUGCUCGUCCGGCAGACCAGACUACCGGGGGCCUCUGCCCUCGCUGACACCGACGUCAGGUAUCUCUUCACUCUGGCUGCUGUCGCUCGAGCUGCUAUUCACGGCUAUAUCGAUGCGGACGAGGUGGCCCGGGUCCUCCGCCUAUUCGAGGAGAGGGAAAUCUGCCACAGAGCGCCGUUGAGCCUGCACACCUGGGACCUGCGUAUGCUGGAACAUCACCGUACUCUCCACGAAGCGUACUGUGCGAUAAGCGGGAAAUGCCAGGAGCUUGCGAAGCUCGCGAUCCACAGCAAUCUGAUCCACCUGAAGGGAUACAGAUGGCUGUUGUCUGCUUCAAUGGAGCACCUCAAGCCUCUUGUCGGUCCUGGCACCUUCUUGGGAGAUGUGCAGCCGACCACGAGUCUGGGACAUGUUAACAUGCCCAGCAUGGAUGAUAGACGUCGCAUCAAAGAUGCAGCCUCUCAUAUUGACGCCUUACAGUUCGAGGCUCCAGCGAAAGGUAUCGUGGGCUGGCAGACAGCAUUUGACGAGAUCUUCAACUUUCUGAAGCCUCACCUGCGGGCCGAUGGGCAGAGAUGGCUGGAGGAAUCCAUACCACCUCCCUACGAGGAGCACGAAAGUACUAGAGUGUAG